AUGCAAGUUGAAAGUGUAAGUGCUAAAAUAUUUGCUAUAAAAUUCGUCUUUUUUUUUGAGCUGUCGAGAUUUUUUCGAAGCUUUUUAGUUUGUUGCUGCAAUAGCAAAAUGGCGACUGGAACGCCAGCAGAUGAGGGUGAUAUUCGCAUUGAGGAAGACGAUAUAUUAGAUAAUGGUAGUGAUCUGCUCACUUCCACAGAUCAUAUGAGCGAAGAUCCAGAUAUGGAGGCGCUAACGAAUCGCAUGAAAGAAAUUGAGGAGGAAGCUCAAUUAAUACGCCAAAUGCAAAGUGAUGUUGAGAAACAAAUGAAUAUGAGUACUGGCAGUAAUACUUCCCAAAGCGUUGCUUCAAUUGAAGAUAAAAUUGAAGCAGAUAGCAGAUCUGUUUAUGUGGGGAACGUUGAUUAUUGUUCGACUGCGGAGGAAUUAGAAGCUCAUUUUCAUGGAUGUGGUUCCGUAAAUAGAGUAACAAUCUUGACAGAUAAAUUCACAGGCCAUCCAAAAGGGUUCGCUUAUAUUGAAUUUGCUGAUAAAGAAGCUGUUCAGACUGCUCUAGCUCUUGAUGAAUCAUUGUUUCGAGGCCGGCAGAUCAAAGUUUGUGCCAAGCGAACGAAUCGGCCUGGUGUAAGUACCACAAAUCGACCACCUCGCGCACGUGGCCGUGGAGGCGCGCGUGUAAUCGUGAAAUACAUCUACGCCGGUUAUCGGGCUAGGCGACCGCCAAGGCGUCGUGGAGUUUUCGCGCCAUACUAA